AUGACCCAAGAGCCUGUCUUAUCUGCAGGCCAUGAUGAGGACCAAUUGGAUGAAUUUGGUGGUCUGGCCCAAUCUAGUGCGAUCGAGCAGCCGCCCCCUUCAGCUCGAAGAGAGAUUCCACACUUCGAAAAUAUCCCUAUAUCCGUGCGAGGCAUCGUGUUGGUUUCCAAAGAUGUACUGCCAGACAGAUAUCGAGAACUGUUUCCAUUCCCGCUAUUCAAUGCAGUGCAGAGCAGAUGCUUCGAGCCAGCCUACAAUUCUGAUUCAAAUCUUGUCCUUUCUUCGCCCACAGGAAGCGGCAAGACCGUCAUCAUGGAGCUAGCUAUUUGCAGACUUCUCAACGUGCUGAGGGACGAGCGGUUCAAGGUCGUCUACCAGGCUCCGACGAAGUCAUUGUGCACAGAGCGAUUCAAGGACUGGAAUACCAAGUUUGCCACUCUGAAUCUCAAAUGCGCGGAAUUGACCGGAGACACCGAUUAUAUGCAGUUGCGCAGCGUGCAGAAUAGCCAGAUCAUCAUCACCACUCCAGAGAAAUGGGACUCCAUGACUCGAAAGUGGCAGGAUCAUAUGAAGCUGCUCCAGUUGGUCAAGCUUUUCCUGCUGGAUGAGGUGCACUUUCUCAAAGAGUCUAGAGGUGCUACUCUUGAGGCGGUAGUUUCACGCAUGAAGAACAUCGGUUCGAACGUCCGCUUCAUUGCUCUCAGUGCUACAAUCCCGAAUUCGGAGGAUAUCGCUACCUGGCUAGGGAGAGAUGCUACAAACCAACAUAUACCGGCUCAUAGAGAGCAUUUUGGCGAAGAUUUUCGACCUGUCAAGUUACAGAAGUUUGUUUACGGGUAUCAGUCUUCGGUCAACGAUUUUGCCUUUGACAAGAUCUGCAUGACAAAACUCCCUGACAUUAUUGGGACGCAUUCGUGCAAAAAGCCCAUCAUGAUUUUCAGUUGUACACGCAAUUCGUGCGUUGCAACAGCCAAGGAACUAGCUCGUCUGUGGGAUAUGACCAACCCACCUUCUAGGCUUUGGAAAUGCCCCACCCGACCGAUUCAGGUCAACAAUGAAGAUUUGAACACAACCAUCUCCGCGGGAGUUGCAUUCCACCAUGCAGGCCUCGGCCCGAGUGAUAGGCAUGCAGUCGAGCAAGGCUUUCUCGAUGGACACAUCAACGUGAUAUGCUGCACCUCAACUCUUGCUGUUGGAGUUAAUCUGCCUUGUCACCUUGUAAUCAUCAAAAACACCGUCAGUUGGCAGGACGGUGGUUGCAAAGAGUAUUCGGAUCUCGAAAUGACGCAAAUGCUCGGGCGUGCAGGUCGACCCCAAUUUGAUGACAGCGCCGUCGCAGUCAUACUCACCCGAAAGGAGCGCGUUCCUCACUAUGAGAGACUGGUGUCGGGAACUGAAAGUAUUGAAAGUUGCUUGCAUCUGAAUCUGAUUGACCAUAUCAAUGCCGAGAUAGGACUGGGGAAUGUCACAGACAUUGAGACAGCUAUCAAGUGGCUUGCUGGAACCUUUCUUUUUGUGAGACUACGUCGGAACCCAACUCACUAUAAGCUCAAAGAAGGGGCUAGUCAGGAAGAUGAAGACGAGUUACUCAGACAAAUCUGUGAAAAGGACAUCAAUCUUCUUCAAGAGUGCGGUCUAGUCGAAACGGAGAGCUUGCGCUCAACUCCGUACGGUAAUGCCAUGGCGCGGUACUACAUCCGAUUUGAAACGAUGAAAGUUCUGCUCAGUUUGAAGGAAAAAGCUUCAUUGCAGCAAAUUCUUGGUGUGAUCGUCCAAGCCGAGGAAUUUCGAGAAAUUCGUUUCAAGGCAGGCGAAAAAUCACUUUACAAAGAGAUCAACCGUGACCAAGGGAUUCGAUUUCCAAUAACAGUCGACAUAGCUCUAACAGCUCACAAGAUCACCCUUCUACUUCAAUCUGAGCUUGGUGCACUCGAUUUUCCCUGUGGAGAUCAGUUCCAGAAAUUCAAAUUUUCCCUUCAGCAGGAUAAGAGUCUUGUCUUUGCACAUGUUAACAGAUUGGUCCGCUGUGUGGUUGACUGCCUGAUUGAGCGUGAGGAUUCGGUGUCCAUCUUGAACGCGCUGGAUCUAGCAAGAAGUGUUGGUGCGAAAGUCUGGGACCAGUCACCACUCCAGAUGAAACAGAUUGAGCAGAUCGGAGUCGUUGCUGUUCGAAAAUUGGUUGCCACUGGUGUUUCAAGCAUCGAAGAACUCGAGUGUAUGGAGGCGCAUGAAAUCGAGAUGACCCUCAGCAGAAAUCCACCUUUUGGUACAAAACUACUUUCUCGACUGAAGGAGUUUCCCAAGUUGCGCAUCGAAGUCAAGUUGACUAGCAAAGAAGUAAAGAACGGCUCUGUUACCGUCCGUUUCAAGUUUGAAGUGGCCUUUAUGAAUGAAAAGAUCCCAACUUAUUUUUCACGGCGACCAGUCUACGUCUGUUGCUUGACAGAGACAUCUGAUGGGCGGUUGAUUGAUUUCCGCAGAUUCAGUGCGAUUAAACUGCAGAGCAGCAUGGAGAUCGCACUCUCUGCAAGCAUGAGCAGCCCAGAUCAACGUAUUGUGUGCCGUGCCAUGUGCGAUGAUAUUGCUGGGACCGCGCGGCAAGCGGAACUGAAGCUCGAUGUUUCAGCCCAUCUCCCAACAAAGCAAUCUCAGACAAUCAACAAUAGCGAAACUCGGAAACCGGAAAUUCGGGGCUGUCAGCAACUCCUGGUGGUAUCGAAAAGGAAGUCCAAGGCAACUGAUGAGGCUGACAUUUUUGAUGACGACGAUUUCGCCUUCGAUGACUUUUUGUUCCUGGAUCGUCGGGAGAGAUCAAAGAAAACCGAGUCCAUGAAGCAAUCUCAAGUCGAGGAACUAGACUGGCUAUCCAUUGACAAUAGCACACCGAGCCCUGAACGAAAAGCAGCUACUUCGAAAGCGAAGGGCGGCAGGGGAGUCACUGAGAAAGAGUCAGAAGAACAGGAAGAAAACGAGCCCGUUCAGCUUGCCAACGGUAAUUGGAGCUGCAACCACAGAUGCAAGGACAAGACAAGAGACGGCCUUGAAAAACCUCCCAAGACUGGCAAGAAACGAGUUGCCACAACACAGAAAGUUGACGGAUUGAAUCAAUUGACUUUGAAAGGUACUAUCGCCAAAAAGGACAUCAAAAAAGAUGCCCGGAAGGAAAAGGGUAAGGCGGUAUCAAACAAAAGGGCUAACCAAAGAGAUUCUCCGAGUCCAUUGAGAGGAGGGAAGAAACCAAAGACGUCCAAUACAGCAAGCAAGCACUAUGCGACGCCUUCAUCAAGCAAAUACAAAUCUCUCCAAAGCUCCUCAAAGAUACCUUCCAGUGACCAUGACGAUGAUGAUUUCAGUGACUUCCCGUCUCCGUCGGAAGUCUUCAAGGAUUUGGGAAUUGGAUUUAGACAACCCCCUUCAAUCGAAGUCCCAGACUUCGGCGGAAAGACAAAAUCCUUCAUCGACCUCACAACACCAAGCAGUUAUCACUCUCCAGAUAUCAAGCCAAGUUCCGGGGCUUUGGCUGGAGAAUUUCCAUCAACAACUUCAACUUCUCCAGGGAACAACUAUUCCUUUGCUCUAUGGGAAGACCCAUCGCCGUCUCCCAAGAAGGACGCAUUCCCAAGCCCAGUGACCACCAAAAGCUCCUCUACGACUGUGCAUUUGCCAGAGCUUUCCGAAACCCUCUUCCACCCAGAACAACAAGAGACUUAUCUCGCUGGGUCACAGCUUUUGACUGAUACGGAAAAGCCCGAUUGGCAGGAAUUCGAUGCACCACUUGCAGUGGAAUGUGACAAACAACAAGUCGAGCCUGGGGGUUCUCCCGGGUGGGAAGACAUAGACCGGUUGCUGCUGGAGGAGUUCAAAAACGUUGUUGACUUUUAUUGA